GGUGGCGUGCACCUCAAAUGUUGGUUACAAUUUGCCACGCUCUCAACAGAAGAAAUUAACGAGGAAACGAGGUUGGCUUCACUCUACGAGAGAAUAUUCGAAUCAAUAAAUACUGCCUACCGCCAGUCAUGUCUGAGGACGUUUUAACGAAGAAAAGCAAAGGUGCACCAGCCAACGUGAAAGAUUUCAAGAAAAAGGCCAAGAAGAGAAAGUUCCCCUUAGGAUUCGACCACCAGGAACAAUCUUACAAACAGGGCAAGAUGGACCAGAUGGACAAUAAGACCCAUAUCAAGACUUCAUCAUUGUUCAAAAACAACCCAGAAAUCCUUGAUGUUGACCGACCUACUGUCACCCAAGUUAAGGAGAAUGUCUUCACCAGUGACUCCUUCUCUGAGCUGAGCCUGCAUCCACACCUAGUGGUAACUCUCAACAAAGUCCUGAACCUAACAUGUAUGACCUGUGUACAGAAACAGACAAUUCCUGUCUUGAUGUGUGGACGAGAUGCAGUGGUUCGCUCUCAGACGGGGUCUGGUAAAACUCUGGCCUAUGGGAUUCCACUGGUCCAGGCACUACAGUCAGUGGAGCCAAAGAUCAAGAGAGGAGAUGGACCUCUGGCUGUCAUCAUUGUCCCCACCAGAGAACUGGCCCAGCAGACCUACCAGAUCUUUCUGAAACUUCUUAAGCCUUUCACUUGGAUUGUCCCUGGUGUUCUUAUGGGGGGAGAGAAGAGGAAGGCAGAGAAAGCCAGGCUUCGUAAGGGCAUUAACAUUCUGAUCUCCACGCCAGGCCGUCUGGUGGAUCAUAUCAAGAACACCCUCAGCAUAGCCUUUAGUGCCACUCGCUGGCUCAUCCUGGACGAGGCAGACAGGACUCUAGACUUGGGUUUUGAGAAGGACCUUACAGUAAUAUUAAACUCCCUCAACUCUACUGCCCCCUCCAGACAGAAUGUCAUGCUUUCUGCAACUCUCACAGACGGCCUGUCUCGGUUGACGGGGGUGUGUAUGAAAAACCCUGUCAGUAUCCAUGUGUCUGAAAACUCAAAGACUAGCUCUGACAUCGCCUACCUUGAUGUUGCCGCCCAGAGCCAGACGAUGAGCUUUAGUGUGCCAGACAAUCUCCAGCAGUACGUGGUAGUAGUGCCCAGCAAGCUCAGACUUGUCUGCCUGGCGGCCUUCAUCUUGGCAAGAUGCAAGUUUGAAAAUGGCCACAAGCUCAUUGUGUUCGUGUCCAGCUGUGAGGGGGUAGAGUUCCUCUUCUCUCUCUUCACCUCCGUAUUGUGCCACCCAACCACCAAUCAAUUGCACCCACUUAACUUCCUGCGUCUCCAUGGCAACAUGAAGCAGAGGGAGCGGACUGAGGUGUUCCAGGAGUUCUCUGUCUGCAGGGACGGCGUACUGCUCUGUACUGAUGUGGCAUCGCGAGGUUUGGACUUACCCAAAGUCACCUGGAUAGUACAAUACUCCCCUACCACAGCAGCAGAGUAUGUGCACCGUGUGGGUAGAACGGCUCGCAUUGGGGCACAAGGAAACAGCCUCCUCUUCAUCACCCCUGCUGAGACGGCCUACAUAUCCGAGCUGGCCAAUCACAACAUCAGCCUUUCAGAGAUGAAGCUGCAGGAUAUCUUGAGUUGCCUGAUGCUGGAUGACGCAUAUAAAGGGCGAGGAAAGUACCACAAGUCCUCAGGGGCUCUGGAGCAAGAGAUCCGUGAGAGGGCUACUGUUCUCCAGACAGAGUUUGAGAACGUUGUCCAUGCCAACGAAGAAAAUGUCCAACUGGCAAAGAAAGCCUUGCAGUCCUUUGUGCGAGCAUACACUGCCUAUCCUUCCAGUGUGAAGCACAUCUUCCACAUACGCACCCUCCAUCUGGGCCACGCUGCGAAGAGCUUCGGCCUGCGAGAUGCACCCCAAGGCCUGACACAGGAGGGUUCAGCUGACCAUGCCAAAGGCUCUGGGAAGGCUAAGAACCAAGCGAAAAGACAUGACAAAAACCAGAGGAAUCAUAAACUUAGUGCUAAAGAGCGAAUGUCGACUCUCCUGUGCUCAGAAUUCUCCAGUGGAAUUUAGGAAAACUCAAAAACAAAGAAGCAGCUGCAGCAUACAUUAGGCGAGCAUGGUACAGAAGAAAAAAAGUGAGGAGGAAGAAUUUAAAGAGAAGAUCAUAGGGGAGUCUGAUUGGCCUAAAGUGGCUAACUUUCCCCAACACCAGCAACCAGCUUGCAGGCACACUUCUCCCACUUUAAAACCACCUUGUGGCUCCUUGACCUGUCUUCCUUUUCCAUGGCUCCUACACCCUUAACCCCUGAUUUUAGUUGUGUUUUGUACUGUACAACCAAAGCAGGUACUUGACCUUACAGAUGUCUUUCUGUAAUAUGUUUGUCAUCGGAAGUUGAGGUGGCCUCAGGUGCAUACAGGACCAAUGAGUUGCAAUUAAACUAUAGUCUACCAUA